CAGCUGCUAAUUCAAGAUCGGCGAGAAUUCCUACAGACACUUCGAACUCAAAUUACAUCCCUCCAUAGUCAUCAAAACAUCUCAUGGCACUUCAACCCACCAGGAGCUCCACAUAUGRGUGGAUUAUGGGAAGCAGGCAUAAAAAGUCUAAAAACUCAUCUAAAUAAGAUAGCAAAAUUACAAAAAUUCACGUUUGAAGAAUUUGCUACCUUAUUAGCCCGCAUCGAAAGUUGUUUAAACUCUCCGCCAAUAAGCCCCAUAAGCGACUACUCAACAAACUUGGAACCUCUAACUCCAGGACACUUCCUUAUAGGUACCCCAUUGUUAACCCCUGCCGAACCCAAUUUAGGGGAUGCAAACUUAAGCAUCGUUAACAGAUGGCAGAAACUAAAAAUACUCUACCAGUACAUUUGCAAGAGAUGGAAGGAAGAAUAUCUUAAGGAACUACCCAAACGAUAUAAAUGGAAAUAUCCACAACGUAAUGUUGAAGUUAACGACUUAGUCGUUAUAAGAAACGAAAAUAUUUCACCCAACGAAUGGAGGCUCGGUCGAAUCCAAAAGGUCUUCUCCGGCUUAGAUAAUAAAAUACGAGUGGUUGAAAUCCGAACUGCUCAAGGCACAGUAACCCGCCCCAUCACAAAAAUUGUUAUAUUAAUUACAGAAUAACUUAAAAGUUUUCUCUUCCUUUUCAGUGAAAUGGCCCCAACAAUCAACAACUCACCCAAACCUCGUCGUAUGAGCACAACAGUUACCAUCCGGCCCGUAGCGCAACCCGUAGCAUUACACCGAUUUCAGAAGAUGAAACGAUGUCCCGACGCAUUCGGCGUUUCAAGUCGACCCUUCCCAUUAUUCGUGAGGAAAAAGAAUGUGAUGAUCACACAACUCGAAAAACGAUCUCACAUCAUAGAAAAAAUACGUCAAAUCGUCAUGUCGCUUGCGGAAUAUGCAAAAAAGACCACCGUCUAGUGACUUGCGUUACGUACUCGGCAUAUAAUAUAAACAAAAAAUACGAAGCAGUAAUAAAACACCACUACUGCGUUAAUUGCUUAGCCAGGCCGAACAAGACAGAAGGAUGUACAAGCAAAAAUAGAUGUUCCAUUUGUCACGGGCAACAUCAUUCAUCCCUACACGGACAUCCGAGGUUAUACCCGAUCAACAAUGUAAAUGGUGUUGAGAAACCAAAAUCUCAACCGCUUGCAAUAGAGACCCGACUACCAUCCUUACUGGCUAAGCAGACCCUAGUACCCAUAUUGAAGAUACGUUUAAGAUGCGAUGGUAAAUGGCAUAAAGUUCGAGCCAUUUUGAACCCCACCCUCAAAAUUACAAAUAUAGCGGCCGAACUCGUCAAAAAAUUCAAACUGCCAAUUACAUACCUCAUACCUAAUGAUACAAAGUUUUGUUUGGAAUGUAACGCAGUUAUUACACACAACUUACCCAAAAUACCCUAUAAGCGAGAUUUAAGUGACGAUGUGAAAAUGCGCUUUGAACACUUAGUCCUCGCUGACCCGCAAUUUCAUAGCAACAAAGAGCUAACGUUGGAGAUUGGAGCCGAUAUCUACCCACAAAUUAUCAGAAGUGGAUUCUUCAAACCAGACAAUGAUUCUGCAAGAUGGCCAGGAUGUUUAAUCCAAACAAAUACUCCUCUGCAUUACUCCCACAAAUUACAUAAAGUAAUAGAGGCGUAAUGCAGAGGAAUAUAAACCGUCCCAACUUCACGCAACAGAACAUAAAGAGUAACAAAAGAAAAGACUUUUCCCGCGCUUUUUACACAUGAGACAUAUCCAAGUGCACACAGGAGUGAAAUUUAUAAUUAGACAAAGUGAAGUCAAAUUCGACAAGUGAAAUAUCAGUGAAUACAAUAAAACGUUGUUAAACAAGGAAUCCAAACAACAUUAAACAGCGAUACUCCACAGCAUUUCGAUCAAAAACAACACAGGAUAAAGAAAUCUGCACCCACAACAGGUUACAACACAUGAAUAUAUUAACAUAGAAUUACAUAUGUAUAUCUAUAAAUUAAUACAAUUAACCCAUAUUGGUAACACACACA